AUGACCCAAACGUUCAAGCUGUCUGCGCAGCUUAUCGGCCAUGAAGCAGAUGUGAAGUCUGUUGCUUUCGCAUCACCCGAAGUCGUCUUGUCGGUUUCCAGAGAUUGCACCGUCCGAAAGUGGUCUCGAAGAUCCCAAACUCCACCCACCUUCGAAGGGACGCUCGUCAGUCGUGGUUCCGAAUAUGUCAACUCGGUGACAUUCUUCCCACCCUCUGCCGAUCACCCCAAUGGCUUGAUUAUAUCUGGAGGGAAGGAUACUGUCAUUGAAGUCAAAUCACCGGCCGCUGCCUCAACGGAUCACGCCGAGCGACUCCUGAUAGGUCACGCAAACAAUGUCUGCACACUCGACGUCGCUCCCAGCGGGUCAUACCUGCUUUCUGGCGGAUGGGAUGGCCAGGCCCGUGUCUGGAACCUGCAAACGUGGGAAACGGUGCUGAUGCUCGGUGGACAUGAGAGCAUGGCGGUUUGGAGCGUUGUCGCCCUGGACGACCAAAGUGCCGUCACAGGCUGCGCUGACAAACGAAUUCGCAUAUUUGACCUCACCAAGACUUCUGGCGGCGAGGCUCAACCCAAAUCUACGAUACAUACACCCGAUGUGGUGCGAACCCUCUGCAAGGUUCCCAAAAGCCAUCCCAGUGGCGGGGACAUCGCCAGCGCCAGCAACGACGGGACCAUCAGAAUAUGGAAGCUGAACGGGCAGCAAGUCGGGGAAUUACACGGCCAUGAAAGUUUUGUUUAUAGUCUGGCUAGCUUGCCGACUGGUGAGCUGGUUAGCUCUGGCGAAGAUCGGACCGUCCGUGUCUGGAGAGGCACUGAGUGUAUUCAGACCAUUACGCACCCAGCCAUUUCAGUGUGGACGGUGUCUGCUAACCAGGAUACUGGCGAUAUUGUUACAGGUGCCAGUGAUGGCAUCGCUCGUAUUUUUACUCGAAGACCGGAUCAGAUAGCCGACGAGGAGACACUAUCAGAGUUCGAGACUUCUGUAAAGUCGUCGGCAAUUCCUCAACAGCAGCUCGGCGGCAUCAACAAGGAAAAGCUUCCCGGCCCCGAGUUCUUGACGACCAAGUCCGGCACAAAGGAGGGCCAAGUACAAAUGAUCAGGGAAGAGAACGGCAAUGUGACAGCUCACCAGUGGUCAGUCAGUCAACAGCACUGGAUCAAUGUUGGGACUGUGGUCGACGCUGAAGGCAGCACUGGUCGCAAGGUUGACUAUCAAGGAAAAUCAUAUGACUAUGUGUUUGAUGUUGAUAUUGAGGACGGUAAGCCGCCAUUGAAACUUCCCUACAACCUCUCAGAGAACCCCUAUGAGCGAGCAACCAAGUUUCUCAGUGACAAUGAGCUCCCCCUCAGCUACCUUGACAACGUAGCCAAGUUCAUCACCGAAAAUACCAAGGGUGCAACUCUAGGACGAAAUCAAAGCCUCGGCCCGGAUCCAUAUGGAACAGAGCAACGUUAUCGGCCAGGAGAGGCGGCAUCACAGCCCAAGGCGAUCCCUCAAAAAGACUAUCUAAGCAUCUUGGCAGCAAAAUAUGAGGGCAUGUUUGCCAAAAUAUCAAGUGUGAACAAUAACCUGGUCUCUUCUGGCCGAAAGGAUACCGCCUUGAACCCCGGCGAAGAGGCGGUAUUGCUGUCGCUUCGCGAGGCCCUGGAGGCAGGUCGGCCAAUUCCUAUCAAGUCUAUGGAACUGGUGGUAAAAGUUGUGACGCAAUGGCCGUACUCGGAUCGCCUCGCAGCGCUCGACUUGCUCCGUUGUAUUGCCAGAUUCCCGUCAGCUGCGCAGUGGUCAGAUGCCCAACAUGGUUCUGUCUUGGACCUGGCCACGGCAUGCUCAAUGCCGGCUGAGCUCCAGCCUAAUGAAAACGCCGUCAUGAUGGGCGCCCGCACGAUUUGCAAUCUAUUUAGCACCGCAGAUGGACGCAGUCUGAUAAGCUCGCACACCGACAAGCCAAUUGCCUACCUCGAACGAAUUGCUGGUGUCAAGGGAGGGGAGGCUAUUGGCCAGUUCAAUCGCAAUGUGUUGAUUGCGGUUACCACGGCACUCAUCAAUCUAUCGGUCCUCGUAAACAAGGAAAAGUUGCUCAGUCCAGAGCAGAGACGUCGUCUGUUCGUUGUACUUGGGACAGUGCUCAAGAGCCAGUCCGAUUCGGAAGUAUUGUACCGCGCGUUGGUGGCCCUGGGCACAUUGUUGGCAACAUGCAAGGAGGAAGCCAGUGGCCUUGACAUAGGUGGAUGGGUUCGUGGAGCAAAGGAUCGAGGUUCGGAGGAUAGGGUGAAGUCGGCUGCGAAUGAGUGCCUAGCUUUGGUGCCAUGA